UAUAAAUUUUAUCUCUAUGUUCUUAUAUCGAAAAAGUGUAAAGAAGUCACAUUCAAAUCUCUGUCUGAUGUGUACUCUGCAUCCUAUUGAAAUACGUACUGUAACAUCACAAAGCCAAAUGCUGAUGGUUGCAGUUCUAACAUUAGAGAAGUGGUCAACAGGCUACAUCAGCAUCUGUACUUGGUGUAUUUAUUCUCAUCAGGACACAACCAACUUACCAGUUGGUAUUGCCUAAUUUGAUUACUCGACGGCAGCCAACUGACAUGGCCAUCAGACUGAGGUUAAGCCGCAUUAAGACAGCUUUUCGUCUCGUUUGGAGAGUCAGUUUUGAGUUUUGGGUAUCGCUUGUUGUUUAUUUCUUUGUGUGCUAUCUGCUCUACUGGCUCUAUGGAACCGUGGUUGCUUUCCUCCUGAUUUGCUGCUUCAGUGUAGUUGUACUCUACUUCACGGAGGACUCGUUUUUAUACUAUCCACAAAUACCUAGCAAUUCGCGGAUUUUUGUACCUCUGCCUUCAAUGUACAAUCUACCAUUUGAGAACAUUUAUACUAAGUCCAUUGAUGAAACUUUUCUUCACAUGUACUUCAUUUCACAGCCUGACCAUCUAUUCAAGAAGUGUCCAACAUUACUCUUUUUUCAUGGUAACUCUGGAAAUAUAGGACACAGGUUUGCCACUUGACUGUAAAAUGAUUUAAAUACUCUUGUAUUAAAUUUUUAC